AUGACAGUAUAUACUGAGGUCUACUUGCAAGAUAUUGGCAAAGCUGUUCAUCAUCUGAUCAAUUCAAUGUCUUCAUCGGGUAGUGCAUGGACAGCUCAAGAUAACAAAGCGUUUGAAAGAGCACUUGCUAUUUAUGACAAGGACACCCCUGAACGUUGGUGGAAUAUUGCUAGGGCUGUUGGUGGAAAAACCCCAGAAGAAGUGAAGGGGCACUAUGAUCUCCUUGUAGAGGACAUCAAGCGUAUUGAGUCAGGCCAAGUGCCCUUUCCCACUUACAGGAAUCCCAAAGAUGGCGCAUGA